AUGAACUCAACUGAAGCUGCUGCUGCACCUUCCACUUCCAUCACCGUCGGCAAUGGAAGCGCAGACGCGGCGGCCGGGGCGGCAAAGCCCGCCGCAGCUCCGCCGUACAGAAUCCGCCUGGUCAGGUUGGUGAAGAGGGAGAUGAAGAGGCCUGGAGGAUGGAAGAGAAGCUUGGCAUGCUUUGAUUUCUUCCUGAGGUUGCUGGCUAUUGCGGCCUUCGUUUCUGCAGCUGUAUCUAUGGGAACUGAUAGUGAAAUGCUUCCGUUCUUCACUAAGGAUUUUCAGUUCUACGCUGACUUCGCUGAUUUUCCUUCUUUGAUGUUUUUUGUGCUGGCUGAUGCAGCUGCGGCAGGAUAUCUUGCCUUCUCCCUUCUCUUCUCCAUUUUCUGCAUCAUCAAGCCGCUCCUCACUUGCCCAAGGCUCUUCCUCCUCACAUUUGACCUUCUGGGUGUUGCUUUAACCAUGGCCGGAGCUUCGGCGGCGGCGGCCAUCGUCUACCUGGCGCAUGAAGGGAAUUCAAAGGCCAACUGGGUUGCUUUCUGCAUGAGGUUUCAGGGCUUCUGUCAGCAGUCCAGUGGAGCCAUAAUAGCUUCCUUUGUUGGGACUAUUUUACUAAUGCUCAUGGUUGCUUUAUCUGCCCUUUCUCUAAGAAGGCAUUAA